AGUGUGUUUACAUUUUUGGUAGUUCAUGUGUUUAUGAGAAAAAUUCUACACAAGACACAUCUAAAAGCCUUUUAUAAAUGGGUAAAAACCAGAGAAACACAUCCAAAGGACGAGGAAGGACUCGUCGGAAGCUUAUAGUUGAGUUCGAUGAGAAGAAAAGAAGGGAAUUCCUCACGGGUUUCCGGAAGAGAAAAUUGCAGAGGAAAGAACGUGCCAAGGAGGAAAUUGAGCAGAAAUUGAAGUUAGAAAAGAAACAAUUGAAGGAAGAUAUACGCAAUAAUAUUACGAAGCAAUUCAAAAAAUCCUUCCAAACAAUUCCCGAACUUGAGGAACAGGAAGAAGCUGAUGAGGAGGAGUAUGAGACUGAAGAUGUGACGGUAAAGAUAACAGAAUUGUCUACAUAUGAUUUGGCUCAGGAGAAUAAUUGGGUGGGACAAAAUAGGCCCAAGUAUGAUGAAAAAGCUGAGGUGAAAGAGGAAUCUGAGGAGAGCGACAAAGAAGAAAUUCCUGGGAUGAGUGUUAGUUCUCAGAAAAGUAAGGAAUCAUCUGCAAGUAGUACUUCUAAAGGACAAACCCCUUUGGAGGCCCUAAAAUCAAAGAAAGAACUCAACAGAAUGGUACAGGAUCAUACAAUGAAGUUCCUGAAGAAGAGCAAAGCCUUCAAGAUGAAGACCCAAUUGCAGAGAUCGAAAAAUAGGAAGAAGGCUCGUCGGGAAAAGAAUCAAAAGAUGAAAUUAUUGAAGAAACAGAGUAAGAAAACGGGUGGAAAAGGCAAAAAUAGCAAAAAUAAAUAAUUUUUUAUGGUAAAUUUUAAUAA